AUGGGCAGAGGCAGUGUCCUGGCUUUACCAGUGAUACUAGCGCUCUUAGUAGAACCAAGCAUCCGUUACACUUUGAAGACUUAUGAACCAAGAAAAGGAGGUUUGUUGGCCUUACGUGACCGGUUUACUUUUAGUGCUUUGUAAACUAGUGAAUUUUGAAGUUGUUGAUUUGGACAAGGCUAACGUCAAAGAUGCCUGUUCUUUUUCUCUAGGAUAAAAUAAAUUUCAAAUUUCUGGAAUUCCGUAGUCAGAAUAACCUGUGAGAGAUGAGUGUUUUAAAAUGUGCGCGUGCUUUUGUCGGUUGCUAUUGUAGCGACUGGUAAUAGGGAGCUUAAACAAACACCAAAGAAACGGUUACAUUUGCUUUAAUUUGUCAAAUGGCAGACAAUCUUUUUCUGGAGUAUACAAUCUUAUGGACCUUAUUCAAGUUCAGAACUGAAAAGGAAAAGAACGUUCUCCUUAGCCAUUUGUUUACGUCUCAAAUAAAUAAAUAAAUAAAUAAAUAAACUGGACAAUUUCCCGCCACAAACUUGCAGUGACUGAAAGGAAAUGCACCUAAAAGUGUGCUGCACGCUUUGAGUUGUUGUGUUGCCGUUACAGUCGUGGCUUCGUAAACUCCGGCCCUAGUGGGGCAGGAAAAUCAGUUUUUAAUGCAUUGAGAACGCCAAGACGCUAAGCCUAGGAAUCUAACCGGAAAGUGGUACCAGUUUUAGAGCCCAGAAUAUAUUUUUUCUUUCAAAAAACAGAAAAAAUCAGAAAGGUUAGGCUUAAUGUUACGUAAGACAAUCUGACGUGAUGAUAUGCAAGACUACAAAAGAGUAUGUUUUUCACAAAAUAAAAGAAACUUCUCUUCUCCUGCUGGAUAAACAAUUAAAAAUAAUGUGCGUACAAUAUGUGUAUAACCCUUCCUUAAGAGAAUAUAUCGGCCGUCAUUAACGAUUUUUAUUGUGUAGGCAUAACAAGAAUUGGUUCAAUAUACUCACGCCCUGUUUUGCAAUAUCAAGAAGCAAGAGAAGAAAACCGAGAAGAAGGGUCUAACCUUUUGGUUCAGUAUCGUUUCAGAAGAGGAGUUGGUGAGUGAUUUCAAUUUUAACUGAAAUGCCGACAAGUGGAUUUUUUUUUCUUUUAGGUAUCGGUCAAAGAAAGAAAUCAGUGUUAAUUUGCAAACAUAUAACCAUCCUCUUUGUUUGUCUCUAUUUUUUAAUAUUUACCGGUGCUUUUUUUUUACCAGACGAGUGGUUGAGCAACGGCUUUAUUUACCCUGGAACAAAUUCAAUACAACUGUGAUGGGAAGAGUAAGCUUAAACACUGCUCACAGUUUGACCAACACUAGUAUUACGGCUUAGUUCUACCGUCCUAAAAAAAUUGUUCCGAACGCCCUUUUACAAAAUUUUCUCGGUAAAAACUGUAGUGAAAAUAAACAGCAGCAAUAAACAGCAUUUAACAACGAUGUUUUGCAAGUUUCUGAUCAGCUGUUGUUGUUUUUGUACUUAAUUUUUUCUUUGUUUUUUUUUGUUCAGUUAUUGAUGUUGUUAGUUGCCUUUUUUUCGGUGUUGGCCAGUCUGUUGCAAGUUCAGGUAUUUUUUUCCACCCCAGGUAAUGACCUGAAUGAAUUGAAGGAUAAAGCAAAAAACGCAAAUUCCGCUUACAAUUCGAUAAAACAGAACUGGAAGAAAAUUUUUGUGAUCGUCAUUACGACAUUUGCAUUGAUUGUUGUCCUGAGAAUCUAUCGAGGGUGUUUCUCUGAUUCAGGGUAAGUUGAAGACUUUUGAUGACCGACACGCAAAAAUACAAGAAGUAGCACUGCAACAUGUACUAACAUCAAAGAUAGGCUAGAUUAGCUCAGUUGAUUUCGUGAAUCUGGGUAGUUAGGCCUUUGUUGCAGUGUUCCAUUACAACCCUGUUCUAGCAAAAGGCUGCGUCAGGCUGCCUGUAUUAAACUGCAAACCCGUUUCUGUGCCAAAAAAGGGAGAUCUGGGUAAUUCGAUUUCAGGUCUAGUUUCAGAAUAAGUGCCACAGAAAAUGACAUGUAAAUCUUUCACGAAAAUUUACUUGUCUGGCUAUAAAUCAAUUACGUCCUGACUUGAUCGAUAGAUACCUCAUGACGAAUUACCCUUGGAGUUUAACCCUCGGACGUACAAGGGGGGUGGUUGCCACACCCCUCAGAGGUUUUUUGGAAUUUUUUUCCUAGACGAUAAAACAUCAGUACCUGACGUUUUCAGUAGCUGUUCUUUUAUCCCUUGCGCAAAUUUUGAGACAGGUUUAGUGAUGGUCAGUUACUAUGGUUUGAGAGAUGACGUCAUAAGUAGCAGGUGGUCAAGUCAUUUUGAGUGACAAUGCAUGUUUUUUCAACUUUUUUCGCAAUAAAAGUAAAACUUGUGGAUGAAAAGAUACAAAGUUCUUAUUAAUGUGUUAUUUUAUAUGUCAAGCACGAAAAAUUACCAUUUAUCGCUAAUUUAACCUGAUUUCUAAUUCUUAGUAAAAUCCAAGAUGGCGACCAUCGUUGGUGACGUCACAAGCCUCCAGCAGCGCCACCACCCAUAUUAUAUACUGCAUCUUGUCGAGAAGAUCAAAGGCUUUCCACUAAGGGUAAAAUAACAUAACAUAUCAAAAACUCUGGGGAGGGGUUCCAUCACCCCCCCCCCCCCCCCUCACGCACUUCCCAACCCCUCCCCAACCCCACUCCCUUCCCCCCCAACGAUGAGAAAAAAAAACUACAAAAAAAAACCACUGGGGGGGGGGUUUCCCCCCCCCCCCCCCCCCCCUGUAGCACAGUGGGGGUAUGAAUUUGCGUGUACGUCAAGGAUUAAUUGCCAUCUUGUCUGAAUUCCUUUGUUUAUAGUAUAUAAAUAAGAUGUACACUUUUAAGUGCCGCGACCCUGCGUUGAAAGGGGAAAUAAUUCAGAUUAAUAUAACGAUUCGAGAGGAAGCGUAAGUUUAAAGUGGCCAUAAUAGCUCUAGUGUUAUUUCAGUCCUUUCUUGCCAUUUCUUAACUGAGUUUAGCAACCUUCGUCAAAUAGUUUUUAAAGAAGAAUUUCAAUAUAUCUGCCGCAAUUUCGUCAUUUUAUUCUUCUUCUUCUUCUUUUCAGUUCCGAUGAAGACGACGUCCAACCCAACAUUGUCGUUUUAAAAAUGUAAAAGCCAGACGCGAAAGGCAAUGGUGAAUUUGACGACCCGGUCAUAAGGGAAGGGGUCACUCACGGAAAUAAUGAUGGUACCAAGGAAGGAAAAGGUCUCCAAAAAGGCACUCAUGACUCUGAGAUCAAAGGUCCCACAGACAAAAGGGUUGCAGACAAAGUGGCGACUAUAAGGGAAAAGCUCGAAGCCAAACCUUAAUAGCCUUAGCCACUUCAAGAAACGCUCAUUUCAAAGACGAAAGAGACUUCACACCCGCGACUUCGAACUCUUUUUUUAAAGAUGACGAAUUUCAUCGUUUUGAGAUGGAUAGUAUUCCUGUGUCUGGAUAUACUACUUUGCAGCAGAGAGAGUUUUCUUUGCUUUACUUUCCUUUCUGUAAGCAGCUCUUCAAAGUGAAAGCGCAGGCAGACGAGCUAAGCGUCCAACGUUAACCUACAAUGACCUGGCAGGGAAGCCUGAGCAAAGUCCACUUCCAUUCUACGAGGAAAUACCGUUUAUAAAAAUGUUG